AUGUCUGUGCCGGUUUGCCUUCCAGAGCAAUACUCAUCGUCCGAGAAUGGCCUUUCGGGAUCUGAGAGCCUGAACUGUGUUCAAGCAAGAGACGGGCAACUGGUUCCGGUGAUAGAGCUUUCUAGGGGGCAUCAAGCUGUACUGAACCCCGUUUCGUUUGUCCCUCCACGCUGCUUGUCAACUACCUUACCAUCACCCAUCUUGAUUACGACACUGAUUUUGAAGUCUGACUUUGCGGCAUAUUCCUACUUCAUAAUUCACCCCAUGCUUCGUACAGCUGUUGUAUUCGCAUGUCUCGCAUGUUGUCUCGCAUGUCACGUGACGCGCUUUGUUUGCUGCGACAACGCUGCGCCUUCCUAG